AUGAAUAAUUUAUCAUUAUCAGAUGAUUUAACAUUAGCACAGCAUGAAAUUGAUGAUCUAUGGCAUAAUAUAAAUAGUUCACCAUCCGAUCAUGUUUUUUAUUGGAUAUCAAUUGCAAGUUUUACAUUUGCUAUAUUAGGUUCAAUAAGUAAUUUAAUGUUGAUUAUUGUUUUAAAUCAUUUAAGUAGUCAUUUAUCAGCAUUUGCUUAUUUAACUGAUUUAUCUCUAUCUGAUAUGAUAACAUGUAUAUCAAUAAUAAUGACACAUUUAUUUGAUUUUAUUGUUCAAACACGUCUAAGUACAUCAAUAACAAUAUUUUUUCGUUAUAUUGAAAUAAUAUGUAGAGGAUUAACUGCUGGUAGUCGUGUAUUAUCAUUAUGGAUAUCAACAGCAGUAACAAUGGAUCGUUGGAUAUUAAUAUGUUAUCCAAUAUAUAGUAAAAAAUUUUGUACAUUAAAACGAGCUAAAAUUAUUUUACGUACAUUAUUUAUAAUUGCAUGCAUUUAUUCAAUUCCAUUAUUUUUUGGAUAUGAAUUAAUUCAAAUGCCAAGUGUUUUACAAAUGAUUCAUAUUGAUAAUCAAUCAUCAUCAUUAUUAAUUGAUGAAGAAUUUCUUCGAAAUAGUAUGCUUGUUACUAAAGGUUAUAGUGAUUUAGCUAAACGAAGACUUUAUCGUUGGGCUUAUAUGUUUUUUAAUGCUAUAUCUGUUUAUACAUUAUCAACAAUAACAAUUGUUUUUUUUUUAUAUACAAUUAAUUCGUGCUUUACAUCAUGUUAA